AAAAAAAAAAGCUGAGGUGAACUAAUCCAAAUUAGAUAUGUUAUGCUCUCUAAAGUUGCAUGCCUGUUUUUGUUAGUGCAUUCGUCUGCGUUUGGUGGUCGUGGUCGAGCUGCAUGUCGGGGAUGGAAGUGGUUGCUAGCUCUUUUUGUGUGCGCAGGCGGUUGUUAUGGCGAUGUCAGAUCUCUGAUCGGAGCACAAGAUGGCGGAAUUAGCGCCUCAAAGCCUUGGUUGCCAUGGCAACGUCUGGAUACUCGGAAGACCUCCAGCCUCAGCAGACCAACACGGUAACCGUAGCAACGCCGGCUUCCACCACACCCUCAUCCGCCAAAACAGCAGCACACUUCCUGGCCGGACUACCACUAACCUCUGGAAGCAUUGCAUCAGCCAACCAAUCAGCCAAAACUGGACAGGAUGCACUUUCUACCCAAGCCCCACCUACCCAGGCUCAGAGCCAGAAGGCAGCGGUUCUAGCUGCUCCCUCACAACACUACAUAAGCCCUGAAAUCCAGCACACUGUGACCCAGAAGAGUAAUGGUCAGAACACGUCACCCCAGUACAUCAUAGUGACGGUUACAGAGGGUUCUGCUCACUCCAAUGACAGUCUGUCAGACUCCAGCUCACCUGCCCCAGGCGUGCCUACACAGGUGGUCCAGCCAGUGCAGACCACCACUCAGAGGUCAGUGUUGCAAACGGUGUCACAGGCUGGCAAGAGGAUUCAGCCAGGACACGUCAACAACCUCCAGUCUGUGCACAUCAACCAGGAGGUGGAGCAGGUGUAUUCUGGCCAGGUGCAGUAUGUGGACGGCGGAGGCACCGACAAUGCUUUCACCACAUCCGCUAUCCGCCCGGGCAGCUACUCUUUCUCCGACUCACCCCUCUACUCUCAGACUCCUCCCACCUCCUCCUCCAACUUCUAUGAGACCACAUCUAGCUCGGAGUCCGAUAUCAGCGGCUCUGUGACCUCGCAGACUCUCUCCUCAUCUGUGGGAGCAGCAGGUGCCACGGGCGGGGGCACAUCUGCGAGUGGUGCGGGUUAUGUCAUUCAGGGGGCUUAUUUGUUAGGAGGAGGGGCAGGAACAGGAGGAGGAGGACAGAGCUACUCCAGCCCAAAUUCACGUGCCCCUCCGGCCACAGUGCAGUGGCUGUGUGACAACUACGAAGGUGCAGAGGGGGUGAGUUUACCUCGCUGCACCUUGUACUACCACUACCUGUUACACUGCCAGGAGCAGAAGCUGGAGCCGGUCAACGCUGCCUCCUUUGGCAAACUCAUCAGGUCUGUCUUCAUGGGCCUCCGCACUCGAAGGCUUGGGACCCGGGGGAACUCAAAGUACCACUACUAUGGACUCAGGAUCAAAUCCGGGUCCCCUCUGCUAAGACUGAUGGAUGAACAGCAGCACAUGGCAAUGCGGCAGCAACCUUUCUCACAGAAAAACAGGAUAAAGGCAGUUCAGAAAACGGAGGGGAUCACAAAUGGGACAUCAGGGGGGACGUCCCUGCAGCAGGCAGGAGUAGUUUGUGAUAUUUCGGCUCAAGUGCAGCAGUACCAGCAGUUCUUGGAAGCAUCACGUCCGUUGCCUGAUUUUGUUGACAUGAAUCUACAAGCGCGCAGCCUGCCUGAUGGGAUCCUGCCUGAACACCUCAAGGCCUUUCAGAGUCUCUACAGGGAACACUGUGAGGCCGUUCUGGAUGUGAUGGUGAACCUUCAGUUCACUCUUGUGGAGACACUUUGGAAGUCCUUCUGGAGGUUCAGCCAAGGCAGCAACUCAGAAACUCUCAACCUUCAUCAAGAGUCGGAGAAACGUCUUCCAAAAUCGUGCCUGGUGCUGCUGUGUAAGUUCGAGCCUGUCCUACACUGGACGAGGGCGUGUGACAAUCUGCUCUAUCAGACGCUGGUGGAGAUCCUCAUCCCCGAUGUGUUGCGACCCAUCCCCAGUGCCUUAACUCAGGCCAUCCGUAAUUUUGCCAAGAGUCUGGAGAACUGGCUGUCUGGCGCAAUGAUGAACAUCCCAGAAGAGAUGGUCCGCGUUAAGGUAGUGUGCGUGGGCUCUUUUUCCCAAACGUUGCGUCGCUAUACCAGCCUGAACCACCUGGCCCAGGCAGCCCGUGCCGUCCUCCAGAACUCAGCCCAGAUCAACCAGAUGCUCUCUGACCUCAACCGUGUUGAUUUCACCAACGUUCAGGAACAAGCAUCGUGGGUGUGUCAGUGUGAGGACCGCAUUGUCCAGCGGCUCGAGCAAGACUUUAAGAUGACCCUGCAGCAGCAGAACUCCUUGGAGCAGUGGGCCUCCUGGCUGGACGGCGUCGUCUCGCAGGUGCUCAAACCUUACGAGGCCAACCCCGUCGCCCUGCCAAAGGCCGCCAAGGUCUUCUUGCUCAACUGGUCCUUCUACAGUUCGAUGGUCAUUCGAGACCUGACCUUGCGCAGCGCUGCCAGCUUCGGAUCCUUUCACCUGAUCCGCUUGCUGUACGACGAGUACAUGUACUACCUGAUUGAACACCGAGUGGCUCAAGCUAAAGGAGAGACCCCAGUUGCAGUCAUGGGAGAAUUUGCCUGCACUGUCAAGAGCCGAUCCACUCCAGACCUUGAGAAAGAUGAGGAAGAGGAGGAGGAGGAGGAGGAGAGCGAGGAGGAGAGUGCAGAUCUGGUCUUGCAGUCCAGCUCUCUGAGCAUGUUGGAAGACAAGGAACUAUUAGAGCCACCUGCCAAGCAGCCCAGGACCGCAUUAGGCCUGCAGUCUGACAGACACACAUAACACACCGGCUUAAAAGGAAGACACACACACACACUUUGCUUUAACAUCAUCAACGUCAUCCCAUCCUGCACCUGUCGUGUGUGCUCUUCUGAAUUGCUAAAACAUACUUUGGUGUUGGGUGUGUUUGUCCAGUGUGAGCAAGUAUAAGAAAACAGGCGUGUUCUUUAUGCCAAUGAUAUAUUCUUUGCUUUUCAUGCUGCCAUUUUGUUUCUUUAGUCGUCUAUCCAUGUUUCAUCCCCGUGCCUUCCCAGAACAUUCAGUGAGCAGCCCUGCCCAAAUGUCACCUGAUAUACUACACAUUCAUGACAUAUUCAUGAAUGUCCCUUGCCCCGCCUUAACCACUGACCAGUUGAUGUGGAGAAACUUUUUGUGAUUUCUACAAAAAUCACUCACAUUGCCUUUUCAGCAAUGUCUAUGCAGGGUGUUUGAUAAUCAGGAAAAUUUGAUGUUGUAGUCUCACUAAUGGGCAACUGGUUGCAGAUGCCAUAUUUGAUUUACUUUCUGUAUGUUUUGCAAUUUGGCCAACUGACUGAUACGCUGUGCCUUUGAGAGAUUGCUGGCUUAAAUGAGCUUAUAUUAUAUAUCUUCUGUAUUGUCGCAUUUAUGGGGUUUCUGUGAAGUAGCCUUGUCAUGAACCUUUGUAGCUAUUAAAAGAAUGUGAGCCACAUAAA